AUGGCGGAUAUUCAAAAGACUCCUUUUGUGAGGGAGCUUGCCUCAAGUGACCGCAAGGUCCGCGACAAGGCCCUUGAGUCGCUCACACAGUUCUUGCGCGCGCGCAACGAUCUUAGCCUCGUCGACCUCGUCAAGCUAUGGAAGGGUCUCUUCUUCUGCUUCUACCACUCUGACCGACCUCUCACGCAACAAGCCCUCGCCCGCGCACUCUCCUACUCCCUCGUCCCCUCUCUCCCCCACGCUACCCUCCACCGCUUCCUGCGCGCCUUCUGGAUCACCAUCGGCCGGGACUUCCACUCCCUGGACCGCUUGCGACUGGACAAGUACCUUUUCCUGAUCCGUUGCUACGUCGGAGUCGCAUUCGAGAUCUUCGUCAAGGGCUCGCACAAGACCGAGAACGGGGAUGCCAAAAAGCGCAAGCGCCAAGAUAACGGCAAGCAGGGCCGCGGCAAGAAGCAAAAGAAGCAGGCCGAGAGCGAGCCUGCUCCCGCAGAGACCGAGACUGCAGAGGGAGAUGGCAAGUGGGCUGAUCUCGAGGCUUAUAUCUCCAUCAUCGAGGAAGGUCCUCUAUGCCCUGUCAACUUUGACCCUGAUAAUUCGUCCAAGCCCGUUGUCGAUGAGAAGGAUCCAAACUUUAUUCCCAUGCCGCAUGGUCCGGAUGGCUUGCGCUAUCAUCUAAUUGACCUUUGGGUUGAUGAGUUGGAGAAGGUCUUGGAGUUUGAGGGAGGUGAGAGUGACUCGGAGGGUGAAGCGAAGAAUAGGAAGAUCAAGGGUGAUGUGCCCAUGGAGCUGCUUUUACGGCCGUUGGAGAAAUUGCGCACGGAGAGCCCAUACAAGCCUGUGCGGACGAGAGCCAUUGACGCUCUUGACGACGACCGGUUGGUGGAGUGGGGAAUUCGUACGAGGGAGGAGGAAGAGGAGGAAGACAGCGAAGGCGAGUGGGGUGGUUUCGAUGAUUAG